GGCGCAGCCCCGGCCCCCCGGGCUGAAUGGUACGGCCCCGGCCCCGGCCUCCCCCUCCGCACCCCGCGCGAGUGGUGCGCGCCCCCCAGUGCAGACGCGGAACUGGGGCCCGUUCGGAGCGGCGCCGCGCUGGGGAGCGACUGACGCCCCGCUGCCGGGUACGUCGGUCCGGGCCUGGCCAGUCCCCCAGAGCUUGGGAGACUUCGGUUUUCAGAAUUCCUCCCGGGAAUGCUGACUCCUUGCUUGGUGCCCUGAUGCUUCUCUGAGAUGAACUGAUGAAUUGGAACCAUGGUGCAAAAGAAGAAGUUCUGUCCUCGGUUACUUGACUAUCUAGUGAUCGUAGGGGCCAGGCACCCGAGCAGUGACAGCGUGGCCCAGACUCCUGAACUGCUACGACGAUACCCCUUAGAGGAUCACGCUGAGUUUCCCCUGCCCCCAGACGUCGUGUUCUUCUGCCAGCCCGAGGGCUGCCUGAGCGUGCGGCAGCGGCGCAUGAGCCUCCGGGAUGAUACCUCUUUUGUCUUCACCCUCACUGACAAGGACACUGGAGUCACGCGAUACGGCAUCUGUGUUAACUUCUACCGCUCCUUCCAGAAGCGAAUCCCUAAGGAGAAGGGGGAAGGGGGGGCAGGGUCCCAUGGGAAGGAAGGAACCCGCGCCACCUGUGCCUCAGAAGAGGGUGGCACCGAGAGCUCAGAGAGUGGCUCAUCCCGGCAGCCUCCCAGUGCCGACUCUACCCCUGAUGUGAACCAGUCUCCUCGGGGCAAACGCCGGGCCAAGGCGGGGAGCCGCUCCCGCAACAGUACUCUCACGUCCCUGUGCGUGCUCAGUCACUACCCUUUUUUCUCCACCUUCCGAGAGUGUCUGUAUACCCUCAAGCGCCUGGUGGACUGCUGUAGUGAGCGCCUGUUGGGCAAGAAGCUGGGCAUCCCUCGAGGUGUACAAAGGGACACCAUGUGGCGGAUCUUUACUGGAUCGCUGCUGGUGGAGGAGAAGUCAAGUGCCCUUCUGCAUGACCUUCGGGAGAUUGAGGCCUGGAUCUAUCGAUUGCUGCGCUCCCCAGUACCCGUCUCUGGGCAGAAGCGAGUAGACAUCGAGGUCCUACCCCAAGAGCUCCAGCCAGCUCUGACCUUUGCUCUUCCAGACCCAUCUCGAUUCACCCUAGUGGAUUUCCCACUGCACCUUCCCUUGGAACUUCUAGGUGUGGACGCCUGUCUCCAGGUGCUAACCUGCAUUCUGUUAGAGCAUAAGGUGGUGCUACAGUCUCGAGACUACAAUGCACUCUCCAUGUCUGUGAUGGCAUUCGUGGCAAUGAUCUAUCCACUGGAGUAUAUGUUUCCUGUCAUCCCGCUGCUUCCCACCUGCAUGGCAUCAGCAGAGCAGCUGCUGUUGGCUCCAACUCCGUACAUCAUUGGGGUUCCUGCCAGCUUCUUCCUCUACAAACUGGACUUCAAAAUGCCUGAUGAUGUAUGGCUAGUGGAUCUGGACAGCAACAGGGUGAUUGCCCCCACCAAUGCAGAAGUGCUGCCUAUUCUGCCAGAACCAGAGUCACUAGAGCUGAAAAAGCAUUUAAAGCAGGCCUUGGCCAGCAUGAGCCUCAACACCCAGCCCAUCCUCAAUCUGGAGAAAUUUCAUGAGGGCCAGGAGAUCCCCCUUCUCUUGGGAAGGCCUUCUAAUGACCUGCAGUCCACACCGUCCACUGAAUUCAACCCACUUAUCUAUGGCAACGAUGUGGAUUCUGUGGAUGUUGCAACCAGGGUCGCCAUGGUACGGUUCUUCAACUCUGCCCAACGUGCUGCAGGGAUUUCAGAUGCACACCGUACCCUGCGCCUCUCCCUUCGGCCUGUGGUAAGCUUUUCAAGCCUGGUCUCUUUUCUAGCGUCACGUCCCGCCAGACUCCUUUUGCUGAGAAAUUGGCCAGGACUCAAGGCUGUGAGUACUUUGGGGAAUGAUCCUUCAGCCCUGAUUGGUGACAAGCCUAAGUGUAUGCUCAUCAGGCUGCAGCCUAUCCACUAUCGCGUCUAUGACAGCAAUUCCCAGCUGGCUGAGGCCCUGAGUGUACCCACCAGGAGCGGGACCUCCGACUCCGAACCUACUGAUGAUAGUGGCAGUGAUAGUAUGGAUUAUGACGAUUCAAGCUCUUCUUACUCCUCCCUUGGUGACUUUGUCAGUGAAAUGAUGAAAUGUGACAUUAAUGGUGAUACUCCCAAUGUGGACCCUCUGACGCAUGCAGCACUGGGGGAUGCCAGCGAGGUGGAGAUUGACGAGCUGCAGAAUCAGAAGGAAACAGAAGAGCCUGGCCUAGACAGUGAGAACUCUCAGGAAAACCCCCCACUGCGCUCCAGCUCCAGCACCACUGCCAGCAGUAGCCCCAGCACCAUCAUCCACGGAGCCAACUCUGAACCUGCUGACUCUACGGAGAUGGAUGAUAAGGCAGCAGUAGGCGUCUCCAAGCCCCUCCCUUCCGUGCCUCCCAGCAUUGGCAAGUCGAACGUGGACAGACGUCAGGCAGAAAUUGGAGAGGGGUCAGUGCGCCGACGAAUCUAUGACAAUCCAUACUUCGAGCCCCAAUAUGGCUUUCCCCCUGAGGAAGAUGAGGAUGAGCAGGGGGAAAGUUACACUCCCCGAUUCAGCCAACAUGUCAGUGGCAAUCGGGCUCAAAAGCUGCUGCGGCCCAACAGCUUGAGACUGGCAAGUGACUCAGAUGCAGAGUCAGACUCUCGGGCAAGCUCUCCCAACUCCACCGUCUCCAACACCAGCACCGAGGGCUUCGGGGGCAUCAUGUCUUUUGCCAGCAGCCUCUAUCGGAACCACAGUACCAGCUUCAGUCUUUCAAACCUCACACUGCCCACCAAAGGUGUCCGAGAGAAGGCCACACCCUUCCCCAGUCUGAAAGUAUUUGGGCUAAAUACUCUAAUGGAGAUUGUUACUGAAGCCGGCCCCGGGAGUGGUGAAGGAAACAGGAGGGCAUUAGUGGAUCAGAAGUCAUCUGUCAUUAAACACAGCCCAACAGUGAAAAGAGAACCUCCAUCACCCCAGGGUCGAUCCAGCAAUUCUAGUGAGAACCAGCAGUUCCUGAAGGAGGUGGUACACAACGUGCUGGACGGCCAGGGAGUUGGCUGGCUCAACAUGAAAAAGGUGCGCCGGCUCCUGGAGAGCGAGCAACUGCGAGUCUUUGUCCUGAGCAAGCUGAACCGCACGGUGCAGUCAGAGGACGAUGCCCGGCAGGACAUUAUCCCGGAUGUGGAGGUCAGUCGGAAGGUGUACAAGGGAAUGUUAGACCUCCUCAAGUGUACAAUCCUCAGCCUGGAGCAGUCCUAUGCCCAUGCGGGUCUGGGUGGCAUGGCCAGCAUCUUUGGGCUUCUGGAGAUCGCCCAGACCCACUACUAUAGUAAAGAACCAGACAAGCGGAAGAGAAGUCCAACAGAAAGUGUAAAUACCCCAGUUGGCAAGGAUCCUGGCCUAGCUGGGCGGGGGGACCCAAAGGCUAUGGCACAGCUGAGAGUUCCCCAGGUGGGACCUCGGGCACCAAGUGCCACAGGAAAGGGUCCUAAGGAACUGGACACCAGAAGUUUAAAGGAAGAAAAUUUUAUAGCGUCUAUUGAAUUGUGGAACAAGCACCAGGAAGUGAAAAAGCAAAAAGCUUUGGAAAAACAGAGGCCUGAAGUAAUCAAACCGGUCUUUGACCUUGGUGAGACAGAGGAGAAAAAGUCCCAGAUCAGCGCAGACAGUGGUGUGAGCCUGACGUCUAGUUCCCAGAGGACUGAUCAAGACUCUGUCAUCAGCAUGAGUCCAGCUGUUAUGAUCCGCAGCUCAAGUCAGGAUUCUGAAGUUAGCACCGUGGUGAGUAAUAGCUCUGGAGAGACUCUUGGAGCUGACAGUGACUUGAGCAGCAAUGCAGGUGACGGACCAGGUGGCGAGGGCAGUGUUCACCUGGCAAGCUCUCGGGGCACUUUGUCUGAUAGUGAAAUUGAGACCAACUCUGCUACAAGCACCAUCUUUGGUAAAGCCCAUAGCUUGAAGCCAAGCGUAAAGGAGAAGCUGGCAGGCAGCCCCAUUCGCACUUCUGAAGAUGUGAGCCAGCGAGUCUAUCUCUAUGAGGGACUCCUAGGAAGGGACAAAGGAUCCAUGUGGGACCAGUUAGAGGAUGCAGCUAUGGAGACCUUUUCUAUAAGCAAAGAGCGUUCUACUUUAUGGGACCAAAUGCAAUUCUGGGAAGAUGCCUUCUUAGAUGCUGUGAUGUUGGAGAGAGAAGGCAUGGGUAUGGACCAGGGUCCCCAGGAAAUGAUCGACAGGUACCUGUCCCUGGGAGAACAUGACCGGAAGCGCCUGGAAGAUGAUGAAGAUCGCUUGCUGGCCACCCUUUUGCACAACCUCAUCUCCUACAUGCUGCUGAUGAAGGUAAAUAAGAAUGACAUCCGCAAGAAGGUGAGGCGCCUAAUGGGAAAGUCGCACAUUGGGCUUGUGUACAGCCAGCAAAUCAAUGAGGUGCUUGAUCAGCUGGCGAACCUGAAUGGACGCGAUCUCUCUAUCUGGUCCAGUGGCAGCCGGCAUAUGAAGAAGCAGACAUUUGUGGUACAUGCAGGGACAGAUACAAAUGGAGAUAUCUUUUUCAUGGAGGUGUGCGAUGACUGUGUGGUGUUGCGUAGUAACAUCGGAACAGUGUAUGAGCGCUGGUGGUACGAGAAGCUUAUCAACAUGACCUACUGUCCCAAGACCAAGGUGUUGUGCUUGUGGCGUAGAAAUGGCUCUGAGACCCAGCUCAACAAGUUCUAUACUAAAAAGUGUCGGGAGCUGUACUACUGUGUGAAGGACAGCAUGGAGCGCGCUGCCGCCCGACAGCAAAGCAUCAAACCCGGACCUGAAUUGGGUGGCGAGUUCCCUGUGCAGGACAUGAAGACUGGUGAGGGUGGCCUGCUGCAGGUCACCCUGGAAGGGAUCAACCUCAAGUUUAUGCACAAUCAGGUUUUCAUAGAGCUGAAUCACAUUAAAAAGUGCAAUACAGUUCGAGGCGUCUUUGUCCUGGAGGAAUUUGUUCCUGAAAUUAAAGAAGUGGUGAGCCACAAGUACAAGACACCAAUGGCCCACGAAAUCUGCUACUCUGUAUUGUGUCUCUUCUCGUACGUGGCUGCAGUUCGUAGCAGUGAGGAAGAUCUCAGAACCCCACCCCGGCCUGUCUCUAGCUGAUGGAGAGGGGCUACGAAGCCGCCCCAGCCCAGGGCACGCCCCUGGCCCCUUUCUGUUCCCAAGUGCACGAUGCUGCUGUGACUGAGGAGUGGACGAUGCUCGUGUGUCCUCUGCAAGCCCCUGCUGUGGCUUAGUUGGUUACUGGUUAUGUGUCCCUCUGAGUGUGUCUUUGAGCGUGUCCACCUUCCCCCUCUCCACUCCCAGAAGACCAAACUGCCUUCCCCUCAGGGCUCAAGAGUGUGUGUCUGUGGGGCUGGUGUGAACCCACUGUUGUGUGUCCUUGAGACAUUUGUGUUGUGGUUCCUUGUCCUUGUCCCUGGCGUUAUAACUGUCCACUGCAAGAGUCUGGCUCACCCUUCUCUUUGACCUGGCACGACUGGGCGCCUGGAGCAGUUUCACUCUGUGAGGAAUGAGGGAACCCUGGGGCUCACCCUCUCAGAGGAAGGGCACAGAGAGGAAGGGAAGAAUUGGGGGGCAGCCGGAGCGAGUGGCAGCCUCCCUGCUUCCUUCUGCAUUCCCAAGCUGGCAGCUACUGCCCGGGGCCCGCAAGCGUGGGCUGCUGCCUGCUACAGCCUCCGUCACUGCAGUGGAGCAGCGAAUUCCCUGUGGCCUGCCACGCCUUCAGCAUCAGAGGACGGAGUGGGCGAGGCUCGUGGAGUCCCAGGGACCACUGGCUGCUCUGCCUGAGCAUCAGGGAGUGGUCAGGAAAGGCCAAGCUGGGUUUGCACAUCUGUGUCUGCAGGCUGUGUCUCCAGGCAUGGGGUGCCAGGAGGGAGAGGCAGCCUGGGCAUGGGCAAGAGAUGACUGUAAAUAUUUCAGCCCCACAUUAUUUAUAGAAAAUGUACAGCUGUGUGAAUGUGAAAUAAAUGUCCUUGACUCCC